CAACUUCUCCAGUUGUCAACCUCGAUCAACCUGGCUUCUGUCUUCUCCUCCAGCCUCCCUCCACUACAAAUCAAGCCAUCCUAGUGUACCCGUGUGGAGGUGUGGCGGAGGCGUGUUCGCCCUUUCGUCCUAGUGUGUUGUGUGAGGCGCCAGACUCAGUCUUGGGAGCCAGCCAAGAUGGCCUUCAGCAAUCGUCACGCUUUGGAUUUUCAGUUGCGUUUGUUACACGGGUCGCCGCAAAGCGAGCUCAAACGCCAGCGAUCGCAAGCCUUGAAUGCGGGUGGCUCGCCCGGAUCGGAUUCAGCGAUGAACAUGGCCGGAAGUCCGCAAGCUCAACAACGCAAUGAAAAUCAAAAGCCGUGGCCCAAUUCUCCCAACCCGCCGAACAGUCUGUUGGCGCGCAGUCCCCUAUUUUCGCCGUCCAAGAAAACACGGGAGAGGUAUUCGGACCGUUUCAUCCCGGCCCGAGCGGGCAACCAUUGGGAGACGGAUUUCAAUCUCGUCCAGGAUCGAGGAUUGAAUAGUCUAAGAAAGACCAACCGAGAUGCUUCGGAAGGCUCCAAGGACCAUUCUUUAUUGGUCUAUUCAUCCCUACUUCAAAACGAAAUCCUCGGGGCUUCCAUCGAAGAUUUCAAGGAUGUGAGUGACGAGCGCAGAGCCUUGUCCCCGGUGCCAGUCUCCCGCAAUCUUUUCUCGUAUCGCUCCAAACGGUCAGCUGUGAUCAACGAAGUGACAUCACCCUAUAGUCUAACGCCAAUUAGCUCCAAAUCCCAGAAGCUUCUCCGUUCCCCGCGAAAGGCAUCGCGCAAGAUCUCCAAGAUUCCCUUCAAAGUACUCGAUGCCCCCGAGCUGCAAGACGACUUCUACUUGAAUCUAGUCGAUUGGUCUUCGCAAAACGUGCUCAGUGUGGGAUUGGGUCCUUGUGUCUACCUGUGGUCUGCCUGCACGUCUCAAGUCACACGAUUGUGCGAUCUGACCCCGGAUAAUGACACGGUCACGUCCGUAUCUUGGUCGGAGAGGGGUAAUUUGGUGUCCGUUGGAACACACAAGGGCUAUGUGCAAGUUUGGGAUGUGGCUGCUUCCAAGAAGAUCAAUACCUUGGAAGGACACACUGCUCGAGUUGGAGCUUUGGCGUGGAAUGGAGACAUGUUGAGCUCCGGAUCUAGGGACCGAUUGAUCCUUCAGAGAGACAUCCGAACGCCCUCGGUGGCCCCCGAAAAGAGAUUGGCUGGACAUCGGCAAGAGGUUUGUGGACUCAAAUGGUCGCCGGAUAACCAAUAUUUGGCCUCCGGUGGCAACGACAACAAACUGUUUGUGUGGAAUCUCAGCUCAGACCAACCUGUGCACGCCUACACGGAACACAAAGCAGCUGUCAAGGCCAUCGCUUGGUCCCCACAUCAUCACGGCCUUUUGGCUAGCGGUGGAGGAACUGCGGAUCGUUGCAUUCGCUUCUGGAACACCCUAACGGGCCAACCGAUGCAAUCUGUGGACACAGGCAGCCAAGUGUGCAAUCUGGCAUGGUCGAAACAUGCCUCUGAGCUGGUUUCCACCCACGGGUACUCCCAAAACCAGAUCCUGGUCUGGAAAUACCCUUCAUUGGUGCAAGUGGCCAAACUCACGGGUCACAACUAUAGAGUGCUCUACUUAGCCGUCAGUCCAGAUGGUGAAGCAAUCGUGACUGGAGCCGGUGAUGAGACCCUGCGGUUCUGGAAUGUGUUUUCCAAGGCUCGAUCUCAGAAGGAGGCUAAAUCCGCCUUGAAUUUAUUCACAAGUAUUCGUUGAUUGGCUACGAAACUAGAAGAGAAAAAUUUCAAAAAAGAAACAUGGUCCAGAAAUGUCAGACGGAAUGACGAGACAAGAUGGAGCACGCGCUACCUCCCCUCCCAAAUCAUGAAACUCCCUUCCCCCUUGCUUCAUCGUAGAAGUGGGCGGGUGACCGAAACGUUGUAUUGUUAAGAAUCAUUCUUUGUUUCUUCCCGUGUUUACUUGUUUAAUUCCUUUUUUUGCAAUCAUGGUCCCUUCUUAAUCGUAAUCAUUGUUCCUCCUUCAAGUUUUUUUCUUGCCCUUUCCCCAAAACAAAAAAAAAUUGUUGUCUCAAUCUAUCGGAUGCUCUCUUUGUUUCUUGUCAGAGGCAUAGAAUUCUUUCAUUGGUUUAUUUGUUUGUAACGUAAUGUUUUGGCUAUGAAUAUCGGAGGAUUUAGCUCCAAUAACCCCCAUUUGUCUGGUGAUAAUAAUCGUAUGCAUCAUCUCACCUUACCCUGAUCAGCGAAUAAAACUGGCUUCAAAAUUUGA